GCACAUGUACUUGGACAAUAUGAAUAUACUGAAUUGUGUGAUCAAUAUAUAAGAGAUUGUGCCAGUUUUCUUCUUGAAUACUCGAUCUCAUCUCAGUCUACAUUUGAGCGGAUGCAACGAUUUUGGGAUCAGAUAGCUAGAGCUAAAGACUCCAAUUUGGCUCCUAUUAUGCUUGUUGGCAACAAAUGUGAUAAAAUUACUGAAUGGGAAGUUUCACGACGAAAACAUAUGUAA